AUGGGAACCUCCGAAUUCACCGCGAUCAAUCUGACUAUGACAUCGGAAGCAUCAGGGAGCAUCUCUCGGGAGGUCCUCGAUCCCAAUGACGAAAACCGAGCUCACUCGAUGGUCAACGCUCGACAGUGGGAAUUGAUGCAGGGAGCUGCUAGUGUCCGUAACGAGAGGGAUGAGGCUCUGCGGAAGAUCAAGUUACUGGAGCGGAACUUGGCGACCCUUCGUGUCUCUGCUGCGAAGACAGCAAGGGACUUGGAGUUAACCAACCAGGAGAUCGUAGAGAGCGCGAGAUAUCGUUUGGAGGCGGAGGCCUGGACCGACUCUGAAGGGGAGGGGAAGGUUGUGGACGGCGAGGACCGCUUUGGAGGGCAGAAGGCUAAGGAGAGACUACAGGCAGGGCUUGGAGACUCAGUACACAGUGCAGGAGGAGGGGGAGGGAGGAAGUCUGUCGAGGAUUCGGAGAGAUUAAAGCAAGCCACUGAGGGAUACUGCGUCCAGACUAAGGCAUUGCUCCGUAGGAGUAUUGCUGCUACUGAUGUAGUAGUAGCUGAUAUGAUCCGAGCCAAGAAGGAUGCUGGUCGUCACAAGGCCAAGAGCGAGCAGCUCGAGCGGACGGUCUACAAGCUAGACGCUAUGCUCAAGCAGAGCCACACUCGCCAUUAUAGACAGCCUCAAACUAAGAUGCUUCUCAAGGGGUGGAUCCUCAGACAGAAACAUACAGUUUCCUCUGCUGUUGUUCGCUGCUGGUCCGUGUUCACUCGCCAAGCUAUCACCAAGAGGGUCGUGGCCGAGGCGAGGAUAAGGAGGAACCGACGCUUGGCGAGGGGCCGGGCAGCAUUGCAGGCUUGGAGGAGGCACGCUGGUCAAGUACCAGAGAAGAUCCCCCAUGUCGAGGCGCCCAGAACUACCCAGAUUGCGCUUGAGGAGGAGAUAGUGCUGCUGAAGGCGACUAGGGAUCAGCUGGAAGCGGAUAAGGCGGGACUGCGAGUUGAAUGCGAACGUGCAUCGAAAGCCCUUCGGGAUCGGGAUGAUAGGCUGAGGGAGAUGCAGGAGACGGCCAUUGGCGACUCCGCUAUCGUGUCUGAGCUGACAGCUGAGAAGGCGCGAACAGCGUCGUUACAGGCUCGGCUGGAGGAGGCCGCUGCUAGGGUGGCCCAGUUCCAGUCUAUGCUCGAGAGGAACGAGGGCCGGGCCGGAACGACGGAAGAGUUCAGCUCGGGGGAGGCCGAGCUCCCUGACGGCACCUUUGAGGCGGCAGAGCUACGCGCUAGGGUCGAGGAGCUGGAGCUACAGCUGAGGGAAGCUGAAGAUGGAUACCUCGAAAGGGAUGCUGCCGGGAGAGCAGGCGGGGACAUGACGGAAGGGCCUCCCGUGCAGGACGAGACGAUGCUGUUGCAGUUGACCGAGCUGGAGGAGGAGCGGAAUCGAUAUCUUCGCAUGAAUGAGGUAUCGUGGGCUGAGCCCCUGUAUGAGAAAAGGAUGGGGACAUUCCGGAACCCUACCUCCUGCAUGGGUCCUUGGCCUCAGAGCUUGAGUGCUGAGAAGGCAGUGGUGGAUGAGGAGCUUGAGAGGGUCCGAGCGGAGAUGAGGGGUCUGGUGGAGGCCAACGAGGAGCUCCGCAAGGCCGCUGAGGGAUCGCAGGCUAGGGAAACCAAGCUGACCGAAGAGCUCGUCUCGAAAAAUGAGGCGGAGGUACAGCAGACGAAGUUAGUGGAAACGCUAGGGAAAGAAACGGCUAAGCUCCGAAAAGAACUUGAAGUCGCUGAGGAGGAGGGCAAGAUGCGUGCAGAGGCUCUAAAAAGUGAGAGGGAUGGGCUGGUGGCGAGAGUAAAAGGUUUGGAAGUCCAGCUUAAGGGGUAUGCAGCGGAGGAGGAGUCCAAUCGUCUGGAGGUGAAGAGAGUGGUGGAAGAGACUGACAAGUUGAAGGCGUUACUGGAGGAGGCUCGGAUGGAAAUCACCCGGCAUGAAAAGGAAGCCAGCGAGAGCUCGGAGUGUAUGGCUGAAAUAGCGAAGGAAAAGCAGAGACUUAAAAGCGAAAAAGCGGCACUUGAGAAGGAGGUUGAGGAUAUGAGAGGUCGUUUGGAGGAGGCGAAGGAACAACUUAAAAAUGUCCAGGAGGUCGUGGAACGCGCUAAGGAGGAAAGUGAUGGUAUGAUGGAGUCGAUGCGAACCAAGCUUGAGGAGGAACAUGCCCGAGUGGCCGAAGGCAUGGCAGAAGCCCAUCGUGAGAAGGUUGCUGCUAUGUCUGCUACUAUAGAUGCACUACAAGCUAAGAUACGAGACUUAGAAGUUGCAGAGGACGCCGGAGGGAGGGCUGAGGAGAGAGAAAGUGAACUUGAGAGGGAAGCGGAGGAGCUCAGAAGGAAAUUUGGUGACCGGGAGGGGGAGUUGGAGGAGAAGAUUGCGGAGAUAUCUGCCCGGCUGGAGGCGGUGCAGGAAGAGCUAGAGAUGAGAGGCACUGCCUUAUCGACCGCAGAGGAAAGGCUAGAAGAACAUAUAGGUCUGCUUAGUGAGGCGAGGCAGGAGCUGUCCAUGGCGAAGACUGAGCAGACUACGAUGGAAGACCGUGCACGGAAGACAUCCGAGGAUCUACAACAGUCACUGGUUCGGAUGGAGGAGGCUGAGAGGAAGGUGUUGGAGCUCGAGACGAUCUUCAAGCGGAUUGAAACUGAGAAGGCUCAAUUGUUGCAAGAAAACACAGCUAUGGGAGAACGCAUAGAGGCGUUUGAGGGAACUGCGACUGAUGGAGAGGCUUUGACCUCGCAGCUCAAUGAUGCAAAAGGUCAGCUGGAAAAUCUCCAGACUGAAAAUAAUGAGCUGGUGGAGAGGGUGAAGGAGUUGGAGAUGGCGAAGUCGACCUUGGCUGAUGAUAUGUGGAAGCAGGAGGUAUGCGUGAAGGAAGCUGAGACGGGCAGGCAGGCCGCCGAGGUCGCCACACGCGAGGCCGAACAGGAGUUGGUCAUUUUGAGGGCUCAACUGGAGCAGAUGGCGACGAGAGUGGAAGAAGGAACGGCCGCACUAGAGAGCUCUAAGGAGAAAUGCAAUGAGCUGGAGAGGUCUUUGAAGGAGACCAUAACGUCUGAUGGAAAUCGGGAAUCAGAGCUGUCCCAGGAAUGCACACGCCUCACUGAAGCCAUGGCCGAGAUGGAAGGCAAGAUGGCGGAGGCGACCACGCUUGCAGAGGCAAGGUUGGGCGAAAUUACAAGCCUGCAGGAGACGGUUGACAAAUUGCAUACAGACGUACAACGUAAAGAAGAUGAAAAGGAAGAUCUUGAGAGGAGCACUAACGACUUACGAUUUGCAAUGGAGGAGAAGGAACUGGCUCUAGAGACCCUGCGAGAUGCGAUGAGUAAGCUGGAAGCUGAGCAGAAGGCAUGGGCUAUCAGCCAGGAGGAGCGACGUGCCCAGCUCGAUGAAGCCCGAGGGGAGAUAGAGGCUCUCAGGAACCAAACUGAAAUUGAUGGAGCUCUCCGUGAAGAAGUCGCGGAGCUGCACAGGGAAGCACGGGCUGCACAGGAACUCAUUGCCAGUCUGAAACAACAGCUCGAGGCAGCUCAGGAUGAGAUCUCCAGGCUCACUGCAGAGCUGGAGGAGACGAAGGCCUCAGUAGAGGCGAGAGUAGAGGAAGCACGGACGUCCUCUGGGGAGCAGGGAGAAAAGUAUCUGGCCACCAUUCGGGAGCUUGAAGCGGAGAAGCGCGAGGUCGAGGAUGUGGCCAAGCAGAGGGAGAUACUCAACGACUGGGCUACUUGUGAUUGGAGUGGCAAGGAUCUCAGAGCAGGUCAGAAGGUCGGUCUCCUAGUCUCGAAGUCUCCAGUGGACCAACUUUUCAUCCUCGUUGAUGGUGCCGUAGUGGCUGAUGGCCCACGAAGCAUUCCCACUGGAAAGCCUCUCUAUGGUGUUGUGGAUCUCAUAGGGAGUACGAGCGCUGUGCUUCUCUCCGAUCCUGAGACGACCCCACUGCCUCCAGCAGCGCUUGAGCUAGUCCCUAAGGUUAGUCUCAUCAAUCCCUGA